AUGGAAUGGGAGUCAUCCAGCAACAAGUGUGAUCCUACUGGCUUGUGUGGCUCUAAUGCGUAUUGUAUUGUUGUUGAUCAAGUCCGUAAGUGUGUCUGUCCUCCUGGUUUUGAUUUCAUUGACCAAAACCAGAUAAGAGUUUCGGGUGCCAGCAAAAUACCAGUACAGAUACCGUGUUUGGAACUACAGAAGAUUUCAAGUCUAGGAAAUGAUGAACUUUUUGGAGAUGUCAUUUUGCGAGCAUUUACAUGUGAUGAGCUCCAAAAAGCUACAAACAAUUCCAAGGAUGAAAUUGGUAAAGAAGGAUUUGAAUUUCUUUUCAAGUCCGAGCAAAAACCUUCUUGGGAGGCAAGAGUUGAAAUAGCACUAAACAUAGCUCGAGGCAUCCUCCUUAUCUUCUUCUUCUUCUCUAUAUCUGUAUACAAAAAAGUUCCUACAACAAACAAUCCAAGACUUAAACUAGAAAUAAGGGGAACAGGGGGAUAUGUUGCACCAGAGUGGCACACUAACUUACCAAUAACUGUCAAAGUAGAUGUGUACAGCUUCGGAAUCAUGUUAUUAGAGAUCAUAUGCUGCAGAAGGAAUGUGGACUUAGAUGCACCAGACAACGAAGUAGUAUUAGCAAGUUGGGAUGUAUCUGACAAAGAAAAUGAAGGAAUUUUUAAGGAUGUUACUCUAAGAUCAUUUACAUAUGAAGAACUUGAGAGGGCAAUUGAUGACUUUAAUGAAAAAUUGGGAAGGGAAGCUUUUGGGAGUGUUUAA